UCAGCGCUGUCAUUGUAGAACAGAAAUGACACAUAUUUGUCAUUUUAACGAGAAAAAGGGAAAACGCACUAAGUGUCAAGUCAAAGAAAUAUUCUGCAGUAGAUAAUAGAGGACGAGCUUUGCUUUCCGUGUUAUUUGUCGCCCAGCAGUAAAAAAGACAUCUGCGGAGGAUCGAUGCAACCCACAGCUAGCAGUUAAAAGUAUCCAUUAUAUCACUGGCCCUUUUCUCAGCUGGAGGACCCUAGGAGCCACCACCUGAUAAAUAAGCACAACAGUCCAAGAAGAUACAAAUUCUUAAACUGAACACCUUCACUACUCGCGUUCCAUCAUCCUCUAUUUUCCAAAAAAAAAAAAAAACGGAGUUCUAAAGUUUGCAUGAACUUUCAGACUGGACAAAACUUUGCAGUGCUGGUGCACUUUUCAUAUUACAUGGCUCCAAGUAAAUAUUUUGCUUUAGCUGGGAAUUUGCUGUUGGGUAAUAUUUAGCAUCCUGUGCGCAUCACAGCAUUAAGUGUUUUGGUGGGAAAACGUGGCAACGAUUGGUAAUACUGUUUUGGAACAAGUAUGGCGCGUAGCUCACAGCCUUCUAUCUCCAGAAUGUGGAACACAACCUGUCAUAGUGUGGAACAGGUGGGCAAAAUGUGGAACAGGUACUAACAGCUAGGAAGCUCAUAUGAAAUUUAAAGUGUAUUGCUUUACACUUAUAAACUAAUUUUGCUGAAUGAAUAUGACUCAGAAUGAUUUAAUCAUCAUUCUUAACACUGAAUGUGUGAUAGACCAUCUUGAUGUGGAUCAGUGUGGGACAUGGACUUUUUAAGACCUGAAAUGAGGAACGUUCCACGUAAUGCAGUGCGCUUCAUAUGUAUGGGCUGGAGUAUCAGAAUGUGCGAAAGAACGUUAUUUCAGAAGUGCAGAGAAGGAAAGUAUACCCUGAAUGGUUUUAGUAUAUCUUCUGUUCCAUUUUACCUGACCGCUUCGCUACCUGAAGUAACUUCCGUUUUUCUCUUCUUGUGGUAUACUGAAAAGCGAAGCCUUGCUGACAUUUGCUUUUGCUGUCCUGUUUGACUGGUGCAGCAAAGACGUGCAUCACGCGUAUUUAAUGGAUGACAGUGCAAGAUACCUACAGCACUGAACAUGAAAUUUGCAAAGAUGACACUAAAGAAGCACUGUUGAAGUAGCGCAAAGUUAUUUUUAAUGUAGCUGCAAAUGCUAUCAAUCAUAUUUCAGAAUAUCGCUGUGAAGCGUCAGGUUUCAUUCUUAACGAAUAAACAAUAACCGCUAAUGAUAUAUAAAAUCACCUACUGUUUUAUGGCGUUUAUUUUUAUUCACAGCUGUAAAUAUAUGCCAGUGCAAUAACAUGGAAACUGUAGAAAACAGUGCAAUGUCACAGGUUCCGAAAAACCAAUCCAGACAAGAAAACGUCUCUUUGGAAGACACUGUGUCUAUGAAUGAGAUUGUGGUGACCUCCCUAUUGGGUACUAUCCUAACUGUGAUGUGCCUAGUUGGGAUGGUGGGCAAUAUAUACACUCUGAUCAUUGUGAAACUAUCAAUGCACAGUACAGGUUCAAUGUACGUCUACAUUAUCAACUUAGCGUUGGCAGACUUACUGUAUCUGUCCACCAUUCCGUUUGUAGUUUGCACCUACUUUGUAAAAGACUGGUACUUUGGAGAUAUUGGGUGUAGGGUUUUAUUUAGCUUGGACCUUCUUACCAUGCAUGCCAGCAUUUUUAUAUUAACUAUUAUGAGUACUGAAAGAUACUUGGCAGUGGUAAAACCGUUGGACUCCGUUGGAAGAUCCAGAGACUACAGAAGAGUUGUCACCUGCAUGGUAUGGCUAAUCUCUUUCUUACUGGCCCUUCCAACCAUGAUCAUGAUUGACCUCAGAACCAGCAACCAUAAUGGAGUUAUGAAACGCAUGUGUCACCCAACGUGGCAGAUGGAAGCAUAUAAGGUAUACCUUACCGUCCUGUUUCACACCUGCAUCUUAAUGCCUGGUCUGGUUAUAGGGUAUCUAUAUGUUAAGCUAGCCAGGACUUACUGGUUAUCGCAAACUGCUGUCUUUGCAACAAAAGGAACGAAAAGGUGCCCAAAACAGAAGGUUCUGUACAUGAUAUUUAGUAUUGUUUUGGCAUACUGGGCGUGUUUCCUACCAUUUUGGCUCUGGCAGCUGCUGAGUAUUUACUACUAUAAACCCGGAACUUUGCCCAGCAAGACUACUGUGUAUAUUAACUUUGUAGUGACAUGCUUGGCUUACAGUAACAGCUGCAUUAACCCAUUUCUGUACACGCUUUUAUCCAAGAAUUACAAAGAGUAUUUAAGAAGUAGGCACAAGAACUGCAUCUCUCUUUCAGUAAGAAAACUAAAAAGACCUUCCUCACGAAGGUCUGUGUCUUCAGCAAGUCAGCAGUACACAGAAACAAUGACAAUUGCACAUUUGAAGGGAGCAACUGAAGAUGCUUGCCCUGUGUGAAAGGUGAGUGUAUAAUCGUUUCUGGCCUUACUUUUGAAUGCAUUAGUUCCCCGGGACUUGGAUGGUCAGCGCUUAACAUUCUUUCUUAGACAUCCUCCAUCUCCAACAAGCGGAACACUACCUCUAAUAAUGUGGAAAAAAGACAAAAUGUGGAACAUUUUCAAACAACUUAAUUAGAAAGCUCUUGACAUGGUUAAACUAUUAAUUCAUAGUUGCAUAAAAGUGAAUAUGACCCAUUAGUAUUUUACCAAGGAUAUUUGUAAACAUGUUAAUAGCAAAUGUGUUGCAGACAUUGUCAGUGUAAAAUUCCGUGAGGCAUGGACUUUUAGGAUCCAUAGCGAGGAAGGUACCUUAUAAUGUGGCACAGUUUAGAGGUAUUGUCUUACACUUUGUAACCUACAGAUCUGUUGCGAAAAGCAUUAGACACCUUACACACUUAUUUACUCAAAAACAAUUUAGUCUAUUAAAGGGUGGAGGGGAAGCUGAAACGUAUCCCUGAAAUGAAAUUAUUGAUCCUGCAACGGGGACGCCAGGACUUAGACGCACACACAAACUCUCUCUCUCACACACACAGAAAAUCACUUAAUAAUGACAGACAUUAAGGUUACACGCUUGUUAUUCUUCAGAAAAUGACUGUUACUACAAAUGGUGUUACUUUACUCACGUUUAACCACAACAAAAGUAUCCCUGAUGUGGCCAUGAGCAUUUUGGGGGGUUGUUUCUCAUUACUGAGCUAAGGGGGGGGGGGGGGCUCUCCUGACAUAAAAUAUCUAUAAUUACAAGUGGCCCGGGUGACAUGUCCAUAGUAACAGUUGCCGAAGUACAAGACGCGGAAGAACUGUAGGACGACCGUUGUUCCCCCCUAGAAAGUCCCGGCUGGCUAGGUUUCUAAGUGCGCGUGCUGCUGGUAGUGAGUUCUCCCUUCUUCCGACUGGGGCAGUGGCAGUGCAGUAGGUAAGAAUGAAAGGGAAAUUUGCCCCCAUAUAUAGGGUGCACCGUGCCCUGCAGCAGGAACACUUGACCUUAAAUUUUCGCACUUUUGACAGAGAGAGAAUGUGUGUGCGUGCAUGCGUGUGGUGGGGGUGUUGUUUUCGGCGAAUCAGUUCCCUAGCCUUCUCAUAAUCGGGGUUUCAAUCAUACUCACAUUUUAGUUCUGUCUUUCUACCUCUUAAUCCCGCCAAUACUAGUGACUUUUGGAAAACUAGUAAAUUACUUUAAUACAUAAAACAAUAAUUACAGUUACAGGCUUAUUUUACUUCAGUAAAAUGUACAUUCAUUUUAUUCUGUUAUUCUGCCAAUGCCUCGUGUUAAUAGUAAUAAUAUUUUAAAACUGUCCCAGAUUGGUUUUGGGUCUUGUAACUCCGAAUUUAUUUUGUUUACACUACCGUUCCAAAGUGCAUAUCAGUAGAGCUACAGCUUCCCUUAUUAUGAUAUUACUAGAGUCAUCUAACGCAUCACAGUAAGACGCAGUCCGGUUCAAUUCUCAGCUACAGCGUCUUCUGCGUGGAGACAUGCGUGAAUGGGCGUACCUUCG